UCAUCAAUACCGGCAAAAUGAAGUUCUUGGGUCUGGCUCUCCUAGCUCUGGCGGCGGUGGCCUCCGCUAAAAACAUCCAUGUCGAGGAUGUUAUCGACUUGGAAGACAUCACCGCCUACGGAUACUUGGCUAAAGUCGGUAAGCCUCUUGCCGAUGCAAUCCGUAAAGCUGAGGAGGAAGCUAGCGCGUCCAGAAUCGUCGGUGGUUCUGCCUCCAGCCUCGGACAGUUCCCCUACCAGGCUGGUCUGCUCGCUGAUUUCGCUGCUGGCCAGGGUGUGUGCGGUGGUUCUUUAAUCAGCGCCAACCGUGUGCUUACUGCUGCUCACUGCUGGUUCGAUGGCCAGAACCAGGCCUGGAGAUUCACCGUUGUCCUUGGCUCCAUCCGUUUGUUCAGCGGUGGUACCAGAGUCACUUCUUCCAGUGUAGUCAUGCACGGAAGCUGGCUCCCCAGCCUCAUCCGUAAUGACGUUGCAGUCAUCAGGCUAAACUCUAACGUUGCUCUCUCAAGCGCGGGUAUCACCAUUAACCAGUUCCUGAGCCACGUCUCCCUGCCCGUGAUCACAAACGCUGUCUGCAGAGCUUCCUUCCCCUUGAUCGUUCAGGACUCCAACAUCUGUACCAGCGGCGCUGGUGGCAGGAGCACUUGCCAGGGUGACUCCGGUGGCCCUCUGGUUGUUACCAGGAACAACAGCCCUCUCUUGAUUGGUGUCACCUCUUUCGGAUCCGCUCGUGGUUGCCAGGUCGGUUCCCCCGCUGCUUUCGCUAGAGUCACCUCCUUCAUUAGCUGGAUCAACAGCCAACUGUGA